AACCGAGAAACUACUAAUCUACUUUGCCUGGCCUAAUCAAAGAACUCCAGUUUAGUUAGUUCAGAAUGCAAUAUCUAAUAAUUAUCUGUUUUUUGCUGGUCUCAUCAGGCCUGAUCUGUGCUCAGCAGUGUGAGAGGGUACUGGACGAGUUUCAAAUGAAUAAUAAUACCAUUAACUUGAGUACAAGCUGUAGCUGCCCAAAGGAGUUUCAACUCUGUUCCCAGCCUGGGUCGCAUGACAUUUUUAUUGGGAAAAAUGUUUCUUCAACGUGUAGAUUACACAAUACUUCAGACACGGCUAAUAUGCUUCAAGUAUAUUUUUGCCCUGGUGGUGGACAGUGCGAACACAAAAAGAUAGUAUCGCCUAAUGAUUUAUGUGUCCUAAAUGAGACCUUCUCACAGUUUAAGUUGUUGGUUAGCAGACCUCCUCAGAAUACUCUGUUAGAGGCUAAUAUACACAUAUACGGUGUGACUGGAAACACGAGCCUGAACGUUCAAUGUACUGCUCAGUAUACGAAUGGUAUACGAAUGAUGGAUGUAUCAAUGAAUACUUUGAUGAUUGAUUUCAUCAUGCCACAUAAUCCAUCUUGCCCAACUCCAUCUCCAUCUUCAUCUUUCCCAACUUCGACUCCUAGUCCUAGCCCAUGCGCAUGUGAUAACAGAGAUCGCAAUAUAGCCAUUGGCCUUGCAGUUGUCUUUUUCAUUGUUGCCGUAGUAUUAGCUAUCUGUCUUGUGUCUAUAUGCUGUUGGAAGACUCUGAAUCAAUGAUGUCUGAUCAAAAUUACCAUUAUAGUAGUUCCUGAAGUUUACAAUUUAUUAUUCAAUUGUAUAUAAUUAUACCAUAUAUUGUAUAUAUACCAUG